AUGAAAUUCCUGUUGUACUUCGCUGCUGUGAUCGCCGUCGCAUCCUGCUUCGGGAAGCUGAAGCAAAAACACAACGGGUUACUGGCCCAAGCGCCCCGUAGUGUGUUUCAGUUCAACGAAAUGAUCGUAUGUGCCACCGAGGAAUCGUACUUCUCGUCGGUCCUGAUAUACAACGGCUACGGCUGCUACUGCGGAUUGGGCGGGGACGGCGUACCGGUGGACCCCACUGAUCAGUGUUGUGAGGCGCAUGAUGCUUGCUACAAAGCAGCCAACGAUAACGGCUGUGCACUGCUCGACAAGUAUCUUGUCGACUACCACUUUGUCGCCAGUAGGACGGUGAAGGAUGACCCAGAUUCGUGCUCCAUAUCAUGCAAGGCCGAAGAUGAAUAUACGUUUUUGGACAAAAUCAACGCGGACUGCAAGGCCUACAUGUGCGAGUGCGACCGACAGGGGGCGCUUUGCUUCGGCCGCGAACGAGGCAGCCUGGACGAUAAGUACGUCGGAUGGUCACAGUCUAACUGCUAGCGGUGUCAUCCAUAUUUUUGUCGCCAUAUUUCAUGGCAACUCAUGCACUCAAGUUUGAAAAAAAUAACUCUGUAUAACAAGCUUGAUAUUAUUUUACCAAAAUCAGUUUGACUGAUGGCAAUCUUUCGACCAACAAGUAAUCAACACACUUAUGAUCUACUAAAAAUACUGACAAAGUUGUAGGCAUCAGAUUUUUGAUUUAGAAACUUCAUCACCCAACAAGCAGGAAUUCAAGAUGGCACUUAAAUCAAUAGACUUUAUUGAAAUCUGGAAACGAUACGUGCGACAAUAAAAUAUUGAAAGUAAAUGUGAACUUCGUUCUCGUGGUAUCUGCCUUUUUUUAAAGACAAUUCGUAUGUCUAUAUGCUUGCGUC